AUGGAGAUAGGAGUAGUGCUGGAGAUCAUGGUUACUGGUGAUGACGGCGAAGUGGAGAAGGCGAAGACAAAAAGCCUGGAACCCAGAUCUGAAAUUGGACAUAGCAACAUAUACGACAUGGUGCUCACGGGCGGUGGCAUGAAGGGGGACAUGAAGGUGCUCGGCGUGAUCAUGGUGGUGAUCCACCAUGCCGUCGGCCUCAACGCGCAGGACUCAGAUGGAAAGAGCGACCCAUACAUCGUGCUUUCAUACACCAAGUUCAGCAAGUCGCUCCACAACACGCGCAUCAUUAUACCCUCUAAACAGAGGUCCUUUCUGGGUUAG